CCAAUCAGAUUGCGUGCCAACACACGACCAUUUCCUAAAUAAGCGAUGAACCCCGUUCAUGUUAAUGACGUGACAACAGGUACUUCUGUAUGCACAGCUGUUAACGUGGACGAUCGGCGCUUAUCGACAAGAGAUCUAUAGAGGAAACAUGCCUUCAGUUCCGGCGAACAAAGAGAACGACAGUCCUGCCUGCCCUUUUGCUGGCAAGAAGACCACUGGUAGGAAUGGCGUUGAGAAGUUGGUUUCAGAUGAUGUAGACAGACCUCUGCAGCUAAAUAGAGAAACUGAAGCCACUGAUCCAAAAUGGAUUCGUCCGGACCUGCCAAGUAGAUGUACCUGGAAACCAGGAAUGUCUCUUGAAAAUUCCCCUCACAAAUACUUCCCCAGGACAAAAGCUGAGAAGAUUCUACCCAACAUCCUGGACAUGAUUGGAGACACACCACUGGUUCACAUAAACAAGAUCUCCAAGACCUUUGGACUAAAAUGUGAACUUUUGGCUAAGUGUGAGUUCUUUAAUGCUGGUGGUAGUGUGAAGGACCGUAUCAGUCUGCGUAUGGUGGAGGACGCAGAAAGGGAAGGCAUCCUCAAACCUGGAGACACCAUUAUAGAGCCCACCUCUGGAAAUACAGGUAUUGGUCUUGCACUGGCUGCAGCAGUGAAGGGUUAUCGCUGCAUAAUUGUUAUGCCUGAGAAAAUGAGCUUGGAAAAGGUUGAUGUCUUGAGAGCUUUGGGAGCUGAGAUUGUCCGUACUCCCACCAGUGCACGGUUUGACUCCCCAGAGUCCCAUGUGGGUGUAGCUUGGCGCUUGAAGAAUGAGAUUCCUAACUCACACAUCCUGGACCAAUAUCGCAAUCCCAGCAACCCCCUGGCUCAUUAUGACACCACUGCUGAGGAGAUUCUGGAGCAAUGUGAUGGUAAAUUGGAUAUGCUGGUGGCAGGAGCCGGCACAGGAGGCACUAUUACCGGCGUUGCCCGCAAACUGAAGGAGAAAUGCCCAAAUAUUAAGAUUGUUGCGGUGGACCCAGAGGGCUCGAUCCUCGCUGAGCCUGAUGAGCUGAACCGGACGGACAAAACCCAGUAUGAGGUGGAGGGCAUCGGAUAUGACUUUAUACCCACCGUCUUGGAUAGAUCUUUGGUUGACAAAUGGUACAAAUCCAAAGAUGAUGAAUCAUUUGCUAUGGCCCGAAUGCUUAUAAGAGAUGAAGGGCUGUUAUGUGGGGGGAGCUCAGGCACUGCCAUGGCAGCUGCAGUAAAGUUAGCCAAAGAGCUAAAGGAGGGACAGCGCUGUGUCGUGAUUCUGCCAGAUUCCAUUCGCAACUACAUGUCGAAGUUCUUGAGUGACAAGUGGAUGUUCCAGAAGGGCUUUCUGAGAGUCGAAGACAUUAUGGUGAAUAAACCCUGGUGGUGGAAUCUGAAAUUACAAAGUCUAAACCUUUGUGCUCCACUAACUGUGCUGCCCACAGUCACAUGCCAAAAAACCAUCAAAAUCUUGAAAGAAAAGGGCUUUGACCAGGCACCUGUCGUAGAUGAAUCUGGACUGAUUCUGGGAAUGGUGACCCUGGGAAACAUGCUUGCUUCUGUGCUUGCAGGAAAAGUCAAGCCCUCUGACCCUGUCAGCAAAGUGCUCUACAAACAGUUCAAGCAGAUUCGUCUAACUGACAAUCUGGGAAAGCUGUCUCGGAUCUUAGAAACGGAUCAUUUUGCCCUUGUGGUCCAUGAGCAGAUUCAGUAUCUAACUGAUGGAUCUUCCACUCAAAAGCAAAUGGUGUUUGGAGUAGUGACAGCCAUCGAUCUCCUCAACUUUGUGACGGCUUGAGAGAAAAGAGAAAGAUCGAUGUCAGAAUCAACAGAUGAAUACUGAAGGCAUUAGAGCACGCCCUGCCUCAAUCUGAAUAUGAUGCACUACAAGGAAUCAUAACAUUAGAGCUAUAGAUGUCAUGUGGUUAAUUCAGCUAAAUUUGGGCAGUAGGGUUGGGUGGCACUGCUUCUUAAAAUUAUAUUUCUGAUUUCAUAGCCAAUAACUAAUUAUUGCAAUUGCAAUUAUUAACUAAUGUUAACAAAUUUACAAUGAAGUUUAAAGGCAUCAGAACAGGGUCUAAAAUUACAGUUUUAAUAAUAAUUAACUUUACUGGAUAGAAAUCAUUAUUGGCCAUUGAUAUGUAUUUUGCUUUGUAUUAUUCCAAAACUGUUAGUUUUAGUCCAUGUGACAAUUACUGUGGUUUGUUUUCUUGCAUAUUUUGGACAAACAGUGCUGACAAAAAGUCAGUGUCUCACUGUAUUCAGUGCUAUAGCUGCGUCUGUCACAAAACAAGUGAUUUUACUCUGUAUUUUCGUUUUGGUUGCUUAAUGUGAGUAAUAUUUGACAUAUGUCACCACAUGUAGUUGUAGGCACCUCUGAUGGAUGUAGAUGAUGGUGUAGUUGAUCAAAUUGAGUUUACUUAGUUAAUGUUGUUUAUAAAUUUGCUUCCAUUACUCUAGCCUUCUUAUUGCAUUAUAUAAAAAAGUUGUUACAUUACAAAGAAUAAAGUAAAUGCCAUUUUAAAAA